AUGAUCUACGACCCGACUCUGCGCUCCCGUCCGAACCGAAACUGCGCUGAGUACGAUGACGACGACGAUGCAGACCAGCUGCACCAUCCACCGCACUCGCAUCCACAUCCAGCCUCUCACAAAGCAGUGCAACCUCGAAUCCGCCAAACUUGGUCGCUGCCGACUCAACAAUGUGUGGACUAUGCAGUCGCCACCUUCGAAACGCCAGCAUCGACGGAACUACAAUGCGCACUUCGCUUGACCGUACCUCUAGAGGGCACCAUCAGCACUGCCAUUGAAGGUGUGGCUGCGAGAAUUCUGGACCACGGCUUUUUCUCUUGA